CUAACAGAAUGCUGUCAGUUUCAUAGUGUCAAACAGACACCAACAUUAUAAGCUGACAAUAUAUUGUAAACAAACAUAUUUUCAUUCCAGCCACAUCAGUUUUAUAUAACUAGAAAAUUUCUAUUAGUUUGGACGUUCCACCGGAAUGGGCGGUUGGGUGCUAGAGGUUGGUAAGAUGGCCAUGUAUAUGACCUUCCCGGUGGCGAUGUUCCACUGGUUUAAUCAACCGGAGUAUUUCGAAAAAUGGGUGACCGAGACGAAACGGAACAUUUUUCCACCCGAGAACAAACAGUACCGAGAUGAUUUAAACGAAUGCAUUCGAUCGAUACGCGAAAAAAAGGACAUCGAACUGCUUAACGCUUUGGAAGAACUGGAAAAGCGAGAGAAGAAACAAGCUCAAUAAUUUUGUAAAUAAUUAUUAUUUGUGUUUGUUAUAUAAAAUUUGAGCUUAUUACAAUGGUAACUGUUAUGUUCGAGAGACAAAUUUAUUUAUUUUUUCAUACAUUUUUUAUUUGGCUCAUUUGCUUUAGCUUAACGAUUGUCUUGUUGUUAUUGGAGAAGAAGGGAUGUCGUAUUAAGGGGGCGGCAUACUCCCCUAGAAUUAGUGAAGGAAUGUGACGAGGGUGGGAUUUACAAAAUAUUGAUUUUGAAUUAAAAUACAUUAUUCGUUUGUGGCACAAA